AGCUUUUCUGCUUUACCUGUCCAGGUAGCCUCUGUUUUCAUUUCGAUCUUAAUGAAAGCUUUUUAAUUUACAGCUCAAGUUACUUUUCAAAGCAGUGUAAGUAGCUUUAAAAUUUUACACUGCAAGAAAGAAAGAUUUUCACGACAUCCAGCUUUGGUCUUGUAAUACUGGAGGUAAUUCAUUUUUAAUCUGUCUGCACAGCGAGAACUGAAACGAAUGGGGAUUGAGUUGCUCUGCCUGUUCUUUCUAUUUCUAGGAAGGAAUGAUCACGUACAAGGUAGCUGUGCCCGGGGCGGUGCAGAGACCUGCUCCGACUGCUUGCUCACGGGACCUCACUGUGCCUGGUGCUCCCAAGAGAACUUUACUCAUCCGUCUGAAGCUGGCGAAAGGUGUGACACCCCAGCAAAUCUUUUAGCAAAAGGAUGUCAGUUAACCUUCGUAGAAAACCCUGUCUCCCAAGUAGAAAUACUUCAGAAUAAGCCUCUCAGCAUAGGCCGACAGAAGAAUAGUUCUGACAUUGUUCAGAUUGCACCUCAAAACCUGAUUCUUAAAUUGAGACCAGGUGCUGAGCAGACUGUGCAAGUGCAGGUCCGCCAGACAGAGGACUACCCAGUGGAUUUGUAUUACCUCAUGGACCUCUCUGCCUCCAUGGAUGACGACCUUAACACAAUCAAAGAAUUAGGCUCCCGGCUGGCCAAGGAGAUGUCUAAAUUAACCAGCAACUUUAGACUAGGCUUUGGCUCUUUUGUGGAAAAACCUGUCUCCCCUUUUAUGAAAACAACACCAGAGGAAAUCGCAAAUCCUUGCAGUAGUAUCCCGUACUUCUGUUUACCUACAUUUGGAUUCAAGCACAUUUUGCCAUUGACGGAUGAUGCUGAGAGAUUCAAUGAGAUCGUGAGGAAACAAAAAAUUUCUGCUAAUAUUGACACGCUUGAAGGCGGAUUCGAUGCAAUUAUGCAGGCUGCCGUGUGUAAGGAAAAAAUUGGCUGGAGGAAUGACUCACUGCAUCUCCUGGUUUUUGUGAGUGAUGCUGAUUCUCAUUUUGGAAUGGACAGCAAGCUGGCAGGCAUUGUUAUUCCCAACGAUGGGCUCUGUCACUUGGACAACAGGAACGAAUACUCCAUGUCAACUGUCUUGGAAUAUCCAACAAUUGGUCAACUCAUUGACAAACUGGUGCAAAACAACAUGUUACUGAUCUUUGCUGUAACCCAAGAACAAGUUCACUUGUAUGAGAAUUAUGCAAAACUUAUUCCUGGAGCAACAGUGGGGGUUCUUCAGAAGGAUUCUGGGAACAUUCUACAGCUUAUCAUCUCAGCUUAUGAAGAACUUCGGUCUGAGGUGGAACUGGAAGUAUUAGGAGACACAGAAGGACUCAACCUGUCUUUCACAGCUGUCUGUAACAGCGGUGUCCUUUUUCCACACCAAAAGAAAUGCUCCCACAUGAAGGUGGGGGACACGGCAUCCUUCAGUGUGACUGUGGGCAUAUCAAACUGCGAGAGAAGAAGUAGAAACCUUCUUGUGAAACCUGUGGGGCUGGGGGACACCCUGGAAAUACUCGUCAAUGCGGAAUGCGACUGCAACUGUCAGAAGGAAGCAGAAGUGAACAGCUCCAAGUGCCAUGAUGGGAACGGCUCCUUCCAGUGCGGAGUGUGUGCCUGCAACUCUGGCCACGUGGGUCCUCACUGUGAGUGUGGUGAGGACAUGCCAAGCACAGAUUCCUGCAAGGAGGCCCCGGGUCACCCCUCCUGUAGCGGAAGGGGUGACUGCUACUGUGGGCAAUGCAUCUGCCACUUGUCUCCCUAUGGAAGCAUUUACGGGCCUUACUGCCAGUGUGACAACUUCUCCUGCCUGCGACACAAAGGCCUGCUCUGUGGAGAUAAUGGUGACUGUGACUGUGGCGAAUGUGUGUGCAGGGAUGGAUGGACCGGUGAGUACUGCAACUGCACAACCAGCACAGACUCGUGUGCAUCUGAGGAUGGAGUGCUAUGCAACGGGCGUGGAGACUGUGUCUGUGGCAAGUGUAUCUGCAGGAACCCUGGAGCCUCAGGACCCACCUGUGAACGCUGUCCUACCUGUGGUGACCCCUGUAACUCUAAACGGAGCUGCAUCGAAUGCCACCUGUCUGCAGAUGGCCAAGUCCGAGAAGAGUGUACAGACAUGUGCAAAGCUGCCGGUGCCACCAUCAGUGAGGAAGAUUUAUCAAAGGAUAGUUCUGUUUCCUGCUCUCUACAAGGAGAAAACGAAUGUCUUAUUACAUUCCUAAUAACCACAGAUAAUGAAGGGAAAACUAUCAUUCACAACAUCAAUGAAAAAGACUGCCCCAAACCCCCAAACAUUCCCAUGAUUAUGUUGGGAGUGUCACUGGCCAUUCUUCUCAUUGGAGUUGUCCUACUGUGCAUUUGGAAGCUGCUGGUAUCAUUUCAUGAUCGUAAAGAAGUUGCUAAAUUUGAAGCUGAACGAUCAAAGGCUAAGUGGCAAACGGGAACCAAUCCACUGUACAGAGGCUCCACUAGCACGUUUAAAAAUGUGACCUAUAAACACAGGGAUAAACAAAAGGCGGACCUUUCCACAGAUGGGUAG